AUGUCGGAACAGCCUGACGACAUGGAAUAUAUCAAUGAGAUCAAUCGGCGAACACUUGAAAACGAAAUACAGAUCUACCAGCGACUCGGUCACCAUGAUGGGAUUAUCUCCUGCCUGGGGACGUCCAACUAUGGGAUCGAGUUGGCCUUCGCUAAACAAGGCAACCUGGAGGAUUAUAUCCAAGCUCAACCUGAACCACAGGAAUCCCUCAAGAUCGAAUGGAUUCUGUCUGUCAUUGACACAUUAUCUUACGUUCAUUCCCAGGGGGUUCUGGUGGACGAAAUUGCCCUGCGAAACUUCUUGGUCGCCGAUGGACAACUGAAACUGACCGAUUUUGGCCAGUCCUCAUUGUUACCCCUGUCGACAGACAUGGACACGAUUUGCGACAAUGAUCUAACCACGACAAUUGAGAUACUCCAUCUCGGCUGGGUCAUCUAUUCCAUCGCUGUUUGGCACGUACAUAAGUAUUACUUCUUCGAUAAGGAACAUGAUAUGCAGUGGCCGAAUCUACAAGAUUUACCUCCAUCAGAGGGCCUUUUCUGCAGAACCAUUGUUGAGAGAUGCUGGAAUGGACAGUAUAUCAACAUGAAAGCGCUUAAGGAGGAAGCUUAUGAAACCCUCGUCGGCGGCAGAAAGCAAUCAGAUUGUUGUCGAUAA